AUGGACCUGGAGAGGAUCAAGCAAAACCUCCGCUUACGCUCUGGCCGAUUGAAGAAGAAGAGUCGCAAGCCCACCGUUCAGUCCAAGGCGUCCGAUCCGCACAGCAGCCAGGCCGGUUCGGCGAACCCGCCCGCUCGACCGCCGACGGCAGCGGUCCAUAGUCCUGCCAAAAAGCAGCCUGCUCCUCACAACGGGGACACGGGCAUAGCGCUCUCGCCGAUCACAUUGGUUGACUCGGCGGGUUCACUAGAGCACCGCCCUGAUAUACCCCGUGCUGCAACGGGGCCAGAUCUGAGGUCUGACCUACCGGACUUGUCAAGCCGAUAUGGUCGUUCAGGCAUAGAACGACCUCUAGCAGGUGCUUCACCCCAACCUACAAGAGACCCUCCAGCCGUCCAACGUACCAUGUCGGAGACCGACACUGGGGCCUUUCAGAAUCUAGGCUCAGAUGUCCUAGACUUUGACCUGCGACCGCCGCCGCCUCGAUGCAGGAUUCCUUCAGUCGAGUCACUUUCAGAGUCACUGUUUUCGUCGGGGCACCUCAAGACUCUCCUUCGUCACCCAGGGUACCUAGCACGGUUCACUUCAUUUCUCGCAAUGUAUCAACCCCAGAGUCAAUCCGUCCUUCUGAAUUUCCUCGAGAUCCAAAAGGCCAUCAAGGCUGUUGAAUAUGCCAAUGCUGUGGCUCAAGGAAUCGCACCGCUAGCCAUAGCUGACGAAGAUUCCCCAUCCAUCGGACCUUCCACUGCCGCCACGCUCGACAAGGCCUUCGAGGAAUCAAGUGAGGCUGCAUUUCAUGUCUUAGCCGACACUGCUCUACCUGCAUAUAUCACCUAUAACCUGGUGAAAGUAGUCAGCGAGUGUCUCAUUCAUGAAAUUACUGGCAGACAAACGACCUUUUUGGAAGACUCCGUUGGGGGCUUGUCCGAAGUCUUUUGCUUGACCGACCCGAACCAAGAAGACAAUCCCAUCAUUUACGCCAGCUCAGAGUUCUAUCGUUUUACAGGCUACGGGCCAGACGACGUAAUCGGGAGAAAUUGCCGAUUUCUGCAAGGAACGAGGACGAAGCGAGAAUCCGUGUCGCGCUUAAGAAGCGGCAUUGAAAACGGUCACGAGAUCUGCGAAACGUUGUUGAACUACCGAAGAGACGGCAGACCAUUCAUCAAUUUGUUGUUGAUUGCGCCACUCCAUGAUGACAAGGGCAAUGUCAAAUAUUAUAUUGGCGCCCAGGCGGACGUGACCGGCCUGGUUGAACGUGGCAGCGGCCUGGAUGGGUUCGGGCGCUACCUAGUGACCGAAGAGAACGAAACCCGGGAGGGAGAGAUCGGGGGCACCGCAGUUGAUGCCAGUUCGCCGAGUGCACGGAAAUCAAAGGUGCUUGCCAAACUGCGAGAUCUUAGUGAGACAUUCGACCUGGAAGAAUCCGCGGUCGUGCGUUCGCACAGCAGGUCGGCUUCUACAGCUCGAGACGAUGACGAACGUAGUAUUGGCAGUAGCCGGAGAGCACCUCGACGGCUUAUCCCCGAUUCUGACGGCUCUUCGGUCGAGGAGGGCGGCGACCAGGCCCGCAGUGACGGUGCUCUCUGGACAACACUCGGUGAUUCUGGCCGAUUCGAUUCAUCCGGGAGGCUGCCCGGUGUCUACGACAGCUACAUGCUAAUCAGACCGGCUCCGUCGUUAAGGAUUGUGUUUGUGUCUUCCAAGCUACGUCGCCGACUAGGCAAUAUUGUUCAGCACCCAUUCCUGUCUCAUGUCGCGGCACCGUCCAAAACGUUAUCAGGACUCCAAGAGAGCUUUGAAACGGGCGUGCCUGUUUCGGCCAAAAUUCAUUUCAUGUACAGCCAGGGUGACCGGAGCGAGGGAACCAAGAUAAGCCCAGACAAGCAGCUAGAUGAAGCAGGACAAAGUCGAGUCUGUUGGAUCUCUGCAACUCCGCUACUGGGCAGUGACAAUAACAUUGGAGUGUGGAUGGUUGUAGUUGUCGACACAACCAAAGUAUUUACGACAUCUAGGUUGGAGAAUGGAGCCGAAACGAAUGUGAACCACAAGCCAAUCUCCACCACUACAGGCCGCCCGACAAAAAUCACUAUCCCAGCUCGCGAAUCAACCGGGGAACGACAACAAUCGCGACCCAGCAAGCAACCCGACCAGGAUGGCCCGCCUAGGGACACAUCUACCAGUCCAACACGGCUUGAGCAGGUGGCGGAUACCACCAACAUCGUUCCAUCGACCUCAUCCCCAGUACAUAACGGAUUCCUGGACGAUAAUGAAGACAAGCAGGCAAACCACGAGGGGCCGCAGGGGGUAGAAGAGCCCCAGUCAAACCUGGCUGCCCAGAACAGCGCUGAACAGGAUUCGGAUUUUGUGCCGGUAAACACCAACCACACGAGGCUUGGCUUCGACAGUCCAGCAGGCUCGAACGACGAUUCUGGUAGACUGGCAAUCCAAGCCCAUGGAUUAGAGGAAUGGCAACAAGCUCAUCAUGAAGCUGGCGGUGGCAGUGACGGAGAUCCCGAUGCACCGAUGACAUUGGACCUCGAUGGUGAUCUUUAUCAUGCGCUGGCAGGUCUCAAGGCUGGAGCAGAAGGUGUUGAUCUCGACUCACCGUACGCUCGCGAAACCUCAGAUGAGGCGAACGUCCUCCAUAGCUUCUCAGACGACGAAGAUACUCCUAGACGGCCACAGCGUCUCAGCCACUUUGACAACGGCUCGGCUUCUCCCUCACGGGCGGGAACUAGCACGAUGGAGGCAUCACCAAUGAAAUCGAACAGCAAGCAUUACAUGGACUAUCUCCGUCAUCCCGGGAGCAGGGCAUCGUCCGAAUACAAUCGCCCACUGUCUGGAAGCGGACUUCUAUCGUCGAUGUACCAUGCAGAGGGUGCAGACGAUGAUACGGGAGAUGAUGGUGAAGACUUCAAUGACGCACAGUGCGCAAGAACCCCGUACAGUGUUGAUUGA